AUGUCUGCCAAGUCGGUAUUUCAAGAGGAGAAAAAUCCACGGGGUAUCCCAAAAGCUCCAUUCAUCGCGCGUAUCAACCAAAGUAGAUCAAUGGCAAAUGUCGAAGAAUAUCUGGGAGGUUCAGAUGGCGCGGUCGAGACUCCCCUGAAGAAUUUCCAGGAUGCUAUCGCGAAGUAUCGAUAUAUGGAUGCCAACCUAACACAACGACGAAAAGGUCUGGAAGACAAGAUCCCCGAUAUCAGAAAGACAUUACAUAUGGUGGAAUUUCUGCAAGAACAAAGAGAAGGCAAGAACAAGAACGACGAUCUGGAGGAUGACCUCAGUGACGAGGAAAACUCCGACAAUCCCAAAAAGCCGCUUACCACAACGUUCGAAUUAAAUGACACGCUUUUUGCGGAGGCAGAACUUGAGGACAGCGACACCGUCUAUCUAUGGCUAGGGGCGAAUGUUAUGCUAUCGUACAAGUUGUCAGAGGCUGCGUCGCUCCUGCGAUCCAAAUUGGAUCUUGCAGAGGCCAGCUUAAAAGCUACGAUCGAAGACUUGGAGUUUAUGCGAGAGCAGCUGACGGUGAUGGAAGUCAACACUGCUAGAGUUUAUAAUUGGGAUGUCAAGCGGAGAAGAGAGCGUCGACUAGCCGGAGAAGGCAAUGGAACGAAGGGCAGCUAG